AGUUGUGUUAAUAACAUACCUAUGUACAUACAUACAUAAGUACAUAUUUUUCAAAAUGAUAUUCCUGUUUUAUAUGUUUUUGUUCGAUAUUAUUUUGGUAAAUGAUUCACAAGCAUCCGAAUCAUUUGCAACGCGUUUUCAACAGUACCACGUCCAAUGCAAAGACAUCACAAAAGUAAACGAUGCACAAACAUCCGCAGUUUAUUCAGAAGAUCCAGUCAAUGUCGCAGCCGUCGGUGAUUAUUUGUUUUGCCUCAAUAAAAAAGUGAAUAUUCAAAAUGACGUUGGUGAUGUGAACGUAGAAAGCUUCAAGUAUGUUUUACCGUAUUUUGGAAUGCCAAAGGAAAACAUUGAUAGCGCAGCUAGGGAAUGCACAGUGUUGCGAUUUCCAACUCCACAACGUACAGCUUUUGAAAUGAGACGGUGCAUUCAAAAAUAUAUGGUAAUACAACUUCCCCAAGGCGUGAAUAUUUAA